UAGAAAGUGAAAGUGAUGCUGCGGUCGUCGCGUCUUUUCCAUAUGUUUCCCCCCCAAGGCUGUGGGUCGUCAAUGAGAUCGAUAAAGGAGGUGGACCCCUUGGACUUCUUAACUCAACAGCAGUAGUCCAGCAAUAGAUCAGCUAAAACGAUAUCCAUGAUGUCACGAAGAAUGUUCUCAAUGUGCGUCGGUAGUUGGAGUCUACCUAUCGGGAGUAGGUCACAAGGCCUAAGAGGUCUGAGGAACUAUGGCCUGUCAUGCUGUGUGAACGCUCUGCUGCAGUCCUUCUCUGCCACCUGGGAACUGGUGGAUCUGCUAGAAGGGUGGAACCCAGUUGACAAGGAGAGUGUCCCUCUGUAUCUGAGGAAGGCGCUACUAGCCAUGCAGAGUGACCAAUCCCAGCCUGCUCGUCAUCGAGACUUCCUGCACUGCCUGGACAGAAAUGACAUCUGCUACAAUGUUCAGCAGGAUGCAGAUGAGGUAUUCCUCUCCAUUCUAAACCUUAUCCAACAACAGAUGAGUGACAAGGCCUUAGCUCAGGAGAUUCAGUCUCUGUACAAGGUUACCAUGGAGACAUACCUUCAGUGUCUAGAAUGUAAAUACAUCGAAACUGGGACCAGCUUUCUACUCAGCCUCCCCAUGCACAUAAGGGAGAGCCAUGACUCCCUGGAGGACUGUAUGCGGUUCUUCUUCAAGCGUCAGGAACUAAGGGAUGGAGAUAAGUGCUACUGUGAAAGAUGUGGAGAAAAGAAGCCCUCCCAACAGGGCUUCAAACUCAUCUCCCUGCCCCCUGUCUUGUGUCUUCACCUGAAGAGAUUCCGUAAUUCCCACGGUUACACCAGGAAACUACACUACAAAGUCACCUUCCCAGAAACCCUGAACAUUUCUGAGAUCUUGACAGCAGAGGCACUGUCAGAACGUUUUGUACAGAGUGACAGCCAGUACAGUUUGUGUGCAGUCAUAGUGCACUCCGGCGUUGCCAUGUUUGGACACUACACAGCAUACGUUCGUCACAAGAACCAAAGCUGGUACUACGCUAAUGAUAGUUCUGUACGGCAGGUUAGCUGGAAGGAAGUACAGAACACCUAUGGAGGAAGUCAAAGAGAAGACACAGCAUAUAUGCUGCUCUACAGACGAACCCCAGAGGGAAAGCAACAGGAGUGGUCCUCAGGCUGAUGGAGCUAAAUGGAUAAAGAGUGGAGACUGGAGACCGUAGCAAUCAAGGACCAAACACAAGGUGCACUCACUGCAGGAGACUACCUUGUGGAGGGGUUGUUGUCUUCAUGUAGCAUUGGGGAUGUCAUUUAUCUUGAUGAUUUUCACUUUAAAAUUAUGGGUAAUGGGUCAUUGUUUAUGUGCAAUUACAUGGAUUUGUUUAAGUAUAUUUGGUGUCGUGUGUAUAUGUUUAGAGGUCUUGUUUAUGCUGGAUACGUUGGACAUUCAUAGGGCAUUACUGAGUUUAGCCAAUAGGUGGCGGCAAAGGCCCUUCACCCUGUCAUUAGUACAGUCAUCUUGUAAGCUUCAGAGACCACACGUUCUGAAACCACGAUAAGACGGGUGGUUUGAAGAGUGUGCUGAGUUGAGGUGUUCUGGGGGAAAAACCUGAAAAAGGCCAUUGACUCAUUGGUGAUAAUAUUUGCCUGACAUGGAAAUAUGUGACUCACCUUGUUUCAGAACAAUUGGUUUAGACAUUAGUUACCGGUACUCUGUUCUGUUUCAAUUUCACUACCAAUAUAAUGCUGUCAACAGAGAAAUAAACUGUAAUUUUCCCAGG